AAUGUGAUAAUGCCCAGUCUCUUCAGCAUCAUCUGCUUCCUGGGUAUCAUGGGGAACCUCAUUGUGAUCUACACUAUUGUCAAGAAGAAGAAGCUGAGAUGCAAACAGACCGUGCCCGACAUUUUCAUCUUCAACCUCUCCAUCGUGGACCUCCUCUUCCUCUUGGGCAUGCCCUUUCUCAUCCACCAGCUCUUGGGCAACGGCUCGUGGUACUUUGGAGCUCCCCUGUGCACCAUCAUCACGGCCCUGGACACAAACAGCCAGAUCACCAGCACCAACAUCCUCACCGUGAUGACGCUGGACCGGUACCUGGCCACCGUCCACCCGCUGAAGUCCACGUCCGUGCGCACGCCGUGCGUGGCCGCUCUCGUCAUCGGCCUGGUGUGGCUGCUGUCCUUCCUCACCAUCAUCCCCGUGUGGAUGUACGCCGGCCUCAUGCCCCUGGAGGAUGGCACCGUGCGCUGCGCCCUGCUGCUCCCCAACCCAGAGACUGACAUCUACUGGUUCACCCUCUACCAGUUCAUGCUGGCCUUCGCCGUGCCCCUGCUCAUCAUCUGUGUGGUUUAUUUCAAGAUCCUGCAGCACUUGGCCACCACCGUGGUCCCGCUGCCCCAGAGGAGCCUCCAGGUGCGCACCAAGAAGGUCACCCGCAUGGCAGUGGCCAUCUGCUCUGCCUUCUUUAUCUGCUGGGCUCCCUUCUACAUCCUGCAGCUGGUUCACCUGGGCAUCGACACCCCAUCCGUGGCCUUCUUCUAUGCCUACAACUUUGCCAUUAGCUUGGGCUAUGCCAACAGCUGCCUCAACCCCUUUCUGUACAUCGCCCUCAGCGAGACCUUCAAGCGCCAGUUCCUGGUGGCCAUUCGCCCUGCCAAGGAGCCCUGUCGCAACAGCAGCUCUGCCAACAACAACAGCACGACAGAGGCCAGCGUGUGCCUGAAGCUGGCGCCAGAAUCCACCCAGCAGACUCAGUUCCUGGAGGACUUUUCCCCACGCUCGCUGCCGGUGACGGUGGCUGUUCACUAG